CACGUUUGCCUGGAUUGCGGCAGGAACGACGCGUGUUCUGGAGACGAGGCUGACCCCUGACCUCUAACCCUAACCGCUCGUCCAGAGCGGCGGAUGAUGUUGCGUUAUUACAACAUGAAACAUGAAGGCGUCGUACGUUUGUCAUAAGCUUCUUCGCCGGCAACACGACGAGAACGCCGUCACGUUAACCUGAGUUUUGUCAGAACUCUAAAAAUCCAAGGAGAGAAACAAGAAUGUCAUCCAACUCCACAGAGGAGGACGAUCCGUGUGCACCCGACGACAACCUCUGUAUAACAAGGACACACCUGCAGGCGGUGAUCAUCGUCCCCACGCUGCUCCUCUUCUUCACGCUCGUCACUUUACUCUUCGUGUUUCUGCGACAGUACUGUCCUGAACGCAGACCCUCACACAUCACAGCCCCUCAGAACAACCACCAUCACCAUAGCAACCCCCACCAUCAUCAUCAUCGUCGUCAGCAGCAUCAUCAUCGUGUGUCAUCGCACAGACACACGCAGAGACCCCACCUACAGGGCAUCGACGCGCCCCCUGGGCUGAACCCGCUGGAACAUGAAGUGCUGCCCUUGUCGGUUCAGCCAGUGCAGCAGAACGUGAAGCCGAACGUGAGCGCACCACCGCAGGUGACCACAGAGAGGCACCAUGGAGCCUUCAGCCAGCUCACUGCUCUGCCUAUGUCCGUCUACAUCAAAGCUAAUGAUGCGGUCACGCUCUACAGAGGACGCAUGGACAACAGGGACGUGGUCCUGAGAGUCCUCAAAGAAACGGCAAACAGCGGUGAGAGGCAGCACUUCCUGAACUUUGCCUCCUUCGUCUCUGCUCUGGGGACACACCCCUUCCUGCCCGCGCUGCUGGGCGUGGUCUCAGUGCAGCCGCCUCUGAUGAUAGUGAUGGAGGAGCUGCGUCACAGAGACCUGCUGGGCUUCCUGUGGAGAUGUAGACAGGUGCAGGUUCAUCUGGACAACAGAGGUUCAGAGUCGUCAUGUGACAUGACAGAGAAGAGGAUCUUCAUCAUGGCCGGACAAGUGGCCUCUGCUCUGGAUUACCUGCACAGUAAAGGCUACGUUCAUGGCAACGUCGGGGCUAGCAGCGUCCUGGUUGGUGGAGACCUGACGGUGAAGCUGUGGGGUCUGGGCUCCGUAUACCGGAGGACAGCGCGGGCCGGUUCACUGGGGGAGGUGGACGUCAUGGAGAUGAGGAAGUGGCAGGCGCCGGAAGUCUUGGCGAGAAGAGCCAUGAGCAAGAGCAGCGACGUGUGGUCCUUUGGAGUCCUCCUCUAUGAAAUGGUCUCACUGGGCGACCCACCGUUUGCUGAGCUGAUGGCGGCUGAACUUCUGCAACAUCUGCAAAGAGGGAAGCAUCUCAGACGACCGCCGACAUGCUCCAACACCCUGUACAGCAUCAUCCGUUCUUGCUGCCACUGGAAUCCCCAGCAGCGCGUCACCAUGGCGGACCUGACGAGGAAGCUCGAGACGGGAGAGAAAUCAGCCUAUGGGAGGACAGUUCUCAUCGUGUCCGAGCCAAUCAACAUCGAGAGAUACCUGAGAGAGGCGGGAUAUGGGGAGGCCUUCAACUAUGCUGUGCUCUGAUUGGCUGAGAGGGUCAUCAACGUUGGCUGGCGGUUUUUUUAUAUACAUACAGGAAGUGCAACAGGGAGAAGUCAGAAGACAAAUGGACGUUUUUAAACGUUUUUAAUUGAACUCUACUUUUGUUUUGCACUUGGCUUUUUAUUGUUGGAAACUCACGGAAGAGUAUUAGGGUCACAUUAAAAAAAUGAAAGAAAGAAAAAUAUAAAACAGCAUGAAUUCUCAAAAUAAAGUCGGAAUUCGUUUUUGAGAUUAAAGUCAGAGAAAAAAAAAAUGUUUUCUGAGAAAAAACAUUUCUCGGAAUUCCCAGAUAAAAGUCAGAAAGUCCAAAUGAAUUCUGACUUCAAUCUAAGAAUUCUGACUUUUUUAUCAGAAUUCUUAAAGUCAGAAAAAUGUCAAAAUUCUGAGAUAAAAGUAAGAAAGUCAGAAUUUAAUCUUGAAUUCUGACUUUUUUUUAAUCAGAAUUCAUGUUUUGUUUUUUUUAUUUAUGGCCCUCAUACUCUUCUGUAGAAAAUGAACUCACUUAGAUUUAAUAUAUAUAUAUAUAUAUGUGUAAAUAUAAAUAUAUAUGAACUGCAAAUGUGUAUUUUUCUGUAAACUAUGAUUGUGGAAAUUUUAAAAGAGCAGUAUAACGUUUCUUUGCACUUUUAACCUGCAAAAAAACAGACAAUUUAUAAUAGAUAGCUAGUGGUGGACGAUAGUUAUGUGUAAUAAAAUACUGAAAUAAAUCCUGUUAGAUGAAGAUUAAGUCCACUAAAGACAAUUAGCACUUACAUGAUAAAUCCACAUAUGUAUGGUUUGGUCCAAUCCCAGGGUAAAUGACCUCACGUUAAAGAAGGUGGAAACCUGUCGUAACUCGUCUGUUCGGGUUGAAACUUAAAUUUUGGGUUCACUCACCUUGUCUGUGCUGGCCUGCUCGACGCGGUGCUUUAAUAAAUAAAACAGGUGAAUCUUA